AUGGUCGCUAUCACAGAAGAUAUUUCUGCCCCUCGAUUUGCUAUCCUGCAAGACCUCUUCAGCGAAAGGAUAUCUGCACAGCAAGCCGCUGGAUAUUUGGCUUCAAUCUCCUUGGCAGACACCUCAGAUCCCGAGGGGGGAAUUACCAGCCUAUGGAGCUUGAUAUUCAAAUGUGCAUACAAUUCCCCUGAGCACCAUGAUAAACUCGUCAAUGUGCUAGUCCAACUGUCAAAACUCCCGGACGCAAAAAAGCCAAAAGGAGACUCCAUUUUGCUCUAUGAUAUGCAAGUAUGGAAAGACCUGCCAAUGCUUGGCUGGCAAUUCCGGGAUGAGUGGAAUGCAACUGUUCCGGCUGGACCUCCCGACUCUCGCCAAAACGCCAUCUCGCGAAUUAUCAGCCGGGACAAAUUCACCGCACGUUUGAUGGCGACAAAGGAAUCUGUCUUUGCAUACUCGUGGUUUGCACUGAUUACUCUGCGAGGCGCACUGGAAACACCGGCAGAUCAAUCCUCUGCGGGGAAUCUAGAAGCAUUGAUUCCUGCUGCUGCUGCGUGGAUCAGUAUUCUUGGGGCAGACAUCUAUCAGUGGAAGGAAGAGUUUGAUGGCGCCUUAGGGAAAGGAGGUACGCUCUGGAAAGGUCAACAUGGGUUUUGUAAGGAGAGGUGGCAGUUUUGGAAGGAGCGAUUUGGGGAGUUGGCUAUAUCAGAAGAGAUUGGAGACGAAGCGAGAACUGCAGCAAGGGACGCACAGGGGGCGAUGGAGGGGAUUGAGAUGUGA